AAGUUUCUUUUGAUGUUAACCAUAAGGUCCCGCACACUGGAAGGACCAAUCAGGAUAUGCGGCCUGCGGAGGGAGCCACCAGUCUCCAAUUGACAUCAAAACAAAAGACGUGAAAGAAGACAAGGAUUUAGACAACAUAGUUUUUUCGGGAUACGAUCAAACUAACGGGCCAUGGACGCUUAAAAACAACGGGCACUCAGUUCAAGUGAUAAUGGGCUCUGGAAGCUAUUCCAUUAACAGCACGGUUUUUAGUACGCCGUACAUGCUGGGGCAGUUCCACAUGCAUUGGGGGAAUUCGAGCAGCAAAGGUUCUGAACACUUCAUCGACGGGAAACAGUACCCACUAGAGAUGCACUUUGUCCAUUACUCGACGAAGUAUCCCGAUUUCGACUCGGCGCAAAAUAAAUUUGACGGCCUGGCUGUUUUAGGACUUCUUUUUUCAGUGCAGUCUGAAGACAACAUAAACCUAAAACCUAUUUUGGAUCUUCUUCCAAACAUCACUGAAUCAGGUGCCAGUGUUAGAUGUCCAGUUGUUUCCCUAUUGAACCUGUUACCCAGUAAUAAAGCAUACUACCGCUACCGUGGCAGCUUGACCACCCCGGCCUGCUACGAGUCCAUUUUAUGGUCUGUGUUCCAAGAAACGGUGGGGAUAUCAGAAUCGCAGCUUGAUCAGCUGCGUAAAAAUCCGUACUUCGCAGGAACGUCCAAAGAGCGCACGGUGGAUAAUUUUCGUCCUCUCCAAAAACUUAACGGCCGCGUUGUGUCCAAGAUGGUUGUAAGCGUAAACGAUGGGCUGUCCAUCUAUUCUGUGACCAGUUAUCUACUUCUGCUGUCUCUUGCUGGACUCACACUUCUGCUGGGAUAAUGUGCGUCACAGCACUUUUUUGUUGAAGCUAGGUGACUAGUUAUGCAAACACGACGUAAGCCGUUAUAUUAUAAAAUGGCCGAAGUGGCAGGCGCAUCUGCUUAUCAACUGAGAGUGUUAUUUACACAUCGGUACCUGCAAAAUGAGGACUAUUAACUUGCUGUUGAAAAUGCUCUCCUGAAUUGA